CAAGGAGAAGCAUCAUUGGUUUGGCAUCACACAACCAGGCUAUACACUUUUAUACAACAAACAGGUUAUUGGCAAACACUUGACUGAUGAUAUGGAAUAUUCAAACAUUUUGAUCAACAUUUUCCUAUAACUGUCAUUUAUCAUUGGCAACAAUGAGUGGAGCACGUGACUCAUGUGUUACUUUGUAGCACAGUGAGAAUUGUUUCAAAUUGGAAACAUCUCGGAAGGUGCGACUUGUGCGCUGCUACUACCGUGUAUAGAAUGGGUCAAACGCGUUCUGGUCUCUCGUACUGGAAACCAACUGAGACAGCCAAACGGCUCCCUAUCUGCAGAUUUACCCGUGAGGAGCGAAGGGGUGACCGGUUUUACAGGAAUCUGAUGAAAACGAAGCAGUUGCCUUCGCCAGGGACAGGUCAACCGGAGGUGGGGCUUGUAAUCGGAUCUGGAGAUUCGGAAACCCUUCGUGGUCACGGGCGAGGAAAGUUGUUGAGAGGCCAGACCGAGUCGGCGGUAGUGGACUACACCACCCCGGUCGCCGAAUACCCAUCUCGAAUUCAUUAUGAAAACAUUCAGGCUCUCCACAGUGACGCUGUGAGCAAGGGAGCGGCCGACUCUUCCUUCGAUGCGACAGGCUUGGAUACGCUGGCCAGAGGAUUCGAAAGAACCCGCUGCGUGGUUACGCAGCGCAGCAGCCCAGAAACAACUGGGGAGGAUCAUGUCGGGAAUGCCCCGGCUUGGGCCAUGGAAAACAAGCCAUUCGGAUUUGAUAAACAGGGUGGGGUUGCCUCCGAGGUCAGGGCGAUACCGGGGGCUGUACCACCGGAUGGUUCAGUCCAUUGGCGCAUAUCUGGAGAGGAGAAUUUAAAACUGACCCUGGCAUCACUGAGCUUGCAUUUGGACGAGCCUCUGACAAGUGGCGUGUCAGAACCGAUAAGGUAUGAGAUACCACACACAGAGUUAGAAAUUACUAAAUCUAACUUUCUCACUGCUUCUUGUGAGCCCGAAGCUGUCAGGAAAAAUGAACAAUGCGGUUGUUCCGUUGAGUCGGGGAACCAGGAGGACCCCUCGACUAACUCUCAAAGUCCACUAGGUAGCCAACGUUUCCCUGGUACUAUCCCAAAGCUUAUUAUAACCAGAGAUCCAAGCCCCAGUCGGACUCAGGAAACACUAGACCCAAGGACCAUGGAACUCGGAGUCGGUGGAUCAUCCCUGGAUCCAAACGCCGAUGAUGAGUCCCCCUGCUCGGACAGUGGCUGGGGAGGCUCCCCGGCGCUAAUGCGCUUUCACCGAAAGCUCUCCAACUCGUCCUCCGCCGGCUGCGUAUCCUCCGCCUCGUCGUUUGAGGAGUCCGAGGAGGACUUCACCGGCAGCGACAUCGAGUCCAGCCUGUCCCCAGUCAUUUGCAACAUGCUGGGCAGUCCAGACGAAGGAAUGGGGACCAAGCAAUGGCAGAAGCUGAAAACUAUGGUGCACUGGUCUCCCUCCGUGUCCUUUAACAAGCGCUAUCCCUGGGUGCAGCUCGCCGGGCACGCAGGUAACUUCCAGGCGGGGGAGUAUGGGCGUUUGUUGAAGCGCUACUGUGAGUGUGAGCAGCUGUGCCUGUUGAAGCUGAUGGGGGACAUUCUGCAGCCCUAUGUCCCUGGCUACUACGGCGUGGUGCAGAGGGACGAACAGGACUACAACCUAAUGGACGACCUCCUGGCUGACUUUGACUCUCCCUCCAUCAUGGAUUGCAAGAUGGGCAGCAGGACUUACCUGGAGGAGGAGCUACUGAAGGCCAGGGAGCGUCCACGGCUCCGCAGGGACAUGUAUGAGAAGAUGGUGGCCGUGGACCCUGGGGCCCCUACGGAUCAGGAGAGGGCCCAACAAGGCAUCCUGAAGCCCAGAUACAUGCAGUGGAGAGAGACCCUCAGCUCCACUGCCACCCUGGGCUUCCGCAUCGAGGGCAUCAAGAGAGCGGAUGGGACGUGCAACACCAACUUUAAGAAGACCAAACACCGGGAGCAGGUCAUGCAGGCUCUGGGAGACUUUGUUGAUGGGAACAUUCAGAUCCUGAAAGUCUACCUGCAACGUCUGGAGGAGCUGCGAUCUGUGCUGGAGAAGUCCCAGUUCUUCAGAACACAUGAGGUGGUGGGCAGCUCCCUGCUGUUUGUGCACGAUGCGUCAGGCCAGGCCCGUGUGUGGAUGAUAGACUUUGGGAAAACGGUGCCCCUGCCUGCCCCCCUCACCUUGGACCACCGGACCCCCUGGAUCGAGGGCAACUGCGAGGAUGGCUACCUGUGGGGUCUGGACAACCUCAUAGACAUUCUCAGUACCAUGCUCCCCCCCAGCCGCUGAGAAAGAGCGGGCCGUGUGAGAGAGUACAAAGGGAUGGCCUGGAAGAGAGAGGAGGAGGAUGGAAAGAACACUCUCAUCCUAGUCACAGAUGGAGAAUGAAAGUGGGGAAGAACAAAUGGAACUGGUCAUUACCCAAACUAGAAUGUGAGACUGGUGAGAUGGAGGGGAAAGGAAAGAAGGAUGACAGUGAAAGAGAGGCAAACGGAGGAGCACACAGAACAUGGUGGACACUCUUUAGUCAGAGUGAGGAAACCUGUCCACACGACUAGCGGUGUGUCAUCCCUCAUCAACUUCUCUCAUUAUAAGAGCUAUGACGUCAACUAUCACUGCAGCACGUACACACAGACACACUACUCUUCCUUCAUGAUCACAAGUAUGGUGAUAAUGUACUGUACUUUUCCAAUGGGAUAUAUCCUCAAGUGACCAAUGGAGAACAUUUUAUUUUCAUUAUGGACCACUUGACUUUAUGCUUUUUAAACUAUUUUAUAUAUUUGUCAACACUAGAAACACUGGGGGAAAAAACGGUAUAUGUAACCUUUAUCUGGUACUUAGCCUUUUAAUGUAAAUACAGUUUUAUUUAAUCUGUUUGCCUUCACGAGUAGCCUCUUUACACUUUGUAUUUUAUCUGUGCCUAGAUUUUGGGAUUGGAGGCAGAUUAUUUUUUUUAUAUAUCAUUCCAAAGUUUGCUGGAGAGUUGACCCAAAGUCUGUAACUUUUGUAUUUUUUUUGUAAGUAGGAUGGUGAAAACUGGAGGCUGUUGAUUGGCAGAGUUGACCCAGCAGAUAAACUAACAGUGGUUCCCAACCAGGGUUACUAGGACCUCUGGGGGUACUUGGUCGAUCCACAGGGCGGUACUUGAGAAUAUUUAAUGAGACCUUACUGGUAAAAAGUACAUGAGGGGGUACUUCAGGGGUACUCUGGACAGAGCAAAAUUCAGCUGGUGCUAUAGUAACCACAAAUGGUUGGGAACCACUGGACUAAUGGAUCUUAAUGUUUUUUUUUCUUUAUUUUCUCUCCUAGUGGGGCACGUGACUUGGUGGUCAUGGCGAACUAGACUGUAUUGCACAAAUGGGUUCCUCCCAAAAGCCAUUGAACAAAGCUAGCCCUGCCUCUGUCUUUGAAUAUGGAUUCCCUCUGGUGUCCCAGGUUCUUAUAAGCAAACCAUUUUCUGGUGAAAGGAAAUUGAUCAAUCUGCAUAGGUGUGACCAUUUAUUCCUUCAGUUCGGUUCAUAGAUUCUUCUGGACUGGGUAACGAUUGGCCUGACAACUGAAAUGACUAUUUGAACAACUCACCUGAAACUGGAAUGAAUGAGCUGGUAAACACAGGCACAGGCACAGGUAUGUUAUGACACGUUCAUCCACAAGUCAGACUUGUGUCACUGGAUUUGUAGAUCUGUCAGCCAAUAUUCCCAUCCAAGUCUUCCUACAUAUCCUUAAACAGUUAAGAUACUGUUUGUGUAUUUAUGGUGUGUGUGCAGAUUUCUACAUCUAGAAAAUGGAGGAGCUCUGUGUGUGACUGUCAGCAUUGACAUCAUGGAACUGGAAUUAUGUCUCUACUGUUGACAUCUCUCAAAUAUUCCACACCAUAAAACACAUUCUGGAAUAAUGUAUUGUUUACAAAGUAUUAUAUCUUAUGUACCAUGUAUCCUCUUCUUAACCUGACAGUUACUGGCUUUCAGACUGUUUGUGUGUGGCUGUGAGCUGGACUGUAAGGUUGGGAAAGCCUAAGAUUUUAUAUAGUUUGGAUAAGCCUUUCCACUGUGCUGUACGGUUGCUGGGGGACGCAAAUACAAAUGUUCAAAGGAUUGAGACGGGUCCCUGCUCUCUUUGUCUAGAAUACCAUUGAUUGCAAUAAACUGGAACUAAGAGCUCAAGUCCUUUCUAA